AUGAUCAUCUUUACCCCUGGUAGGCGAAAACCAAGAGUACAUCGGCCUCGUUCUCCAAUAUUGGAAGAAAAGGACAUCCCACCCCUUGAAUUCCCCAAGUCCUCUGAGGAUUUAAUGGUGCCUAAUGAGCAUAUAAUGAACGUUAUUGCCAUUUAUGAGGUACUGCGGAACUUUGGCACUGUAUUAAGGUUAUCUCCUUUUCGCUUUGAGGACUUCUGCGCAGCUUUAGUGAGUCAAGAGCAGUGUACACUUAUGGCGGAGAUGCACGUUGUGCUUUUGAAAGCAGUUUUGCGUGAAGAAGACACUUCCAAUACUACCUUUGGACCUGCUGAUCUGAAAGAUAGCGUUAAUUCCACGCUCUAUUUCAUAGAUGGAAUGACGUGGCCGGAGGUGCUGCGGGUGUACUGUGAGAGUGAUAAGGAGUACCAUCAUGUGCUUCCUUACCAAGAAGCAGAGGACUAUCCUUAUGGACCAGUAGAGAACAAAAUCAAAGUUCUGCAGUUCUUAGUUGAUCAGUUUCUUACCACAAAUAUUGCUCGUGAGGAAUUGAUGUCUGAAGGGGUGAUUCAGUAUGAUGACCAUUGUAGGGUUUGUCACAAACUUGGGGAUUUGCUUUGCUGUGAGACAUGUUCAGCAGUAUACCAUUUGGAAUGUGUGAAACCACCUCUUGAGGAGGUGCCAGAGGAUGAAUGGCAGUGUGAAGUCUGUGUAGCACAUAAGGUGCCUGGAGUGACUGACUGUGUUGCUGAAAUCCAAAAAAACAAACCAUAUAUUCGACAUGAACCUAUUGGAUAUGACAGAAGUCGGAGGAAAUACUGGUUCUUAAACCGAAGACUCAUAAUAGAAGAAGAUACAGAAAAUGAAAAUGAAAAGAAAAUUUGGUACUACAGUACAAAGGUCCAGCUUGCAGAAUUAAUUGACUGUCUAGACAAAGAUUACUGGGAAGCAGAACUCUGCAAAAUUCUGGAAGAAAUGCGUGAAGAAAUUCACCGGCACAUGGACAUAACUGAAGACUUGACCAAUAAGGCUAGGGGUAGUAAUAAAUCCUUUCUGGCGGCAGCUAAUGAAGAAAUUUUAGAAUCCAUAAGAGCAAAAAAGGGAGAGAUUGAUAUUGUUAAAAACCCAGAAGAAGUAGAAAAGGACAACAGUGAGACUGAGAAUAACUCCAAAGAUACUGAGAAAAGUAGAGAGGAGUUCGAAGACCAGUCUCUUGAGAAAGACAAUGACAGCAAGACACCAGAUGAUGAUCCUGAGCAAGGAAAAUCUGAGGAGCCAACAGAAGUUGGGGAUAAAGGUAACUCUGAGUCAGCAAAUCUUGGCGACAACACAACAAAUGCUUCUUCAGAAGAGACUAGUCCCUCUGAAGGGAAGAGUCCCGUGGGGUGUCUCUCAGAAACCCAUGAUAGCAGCAACAUGGCAGAGAAGAAGGUGGCAUCUGAGCUCCCCCAGGAUGUGCCAGAAGAACCUAACAAGACAUGUGACAGCAGUAACACUAGUGCUACCACUACCUCCAUCCAGCCUAAUCUGGAAAACAGUAACAGCAGCAGUGAAUUAAGUUCUUCCCAGAGUGAUUCUGCUAAGGCAGCUGAUGAUCCUGACAAUGGAGAAAGAGAGUCUCCCACACCUGUCUCUAUGCAAGAAGAGAUAGGUGAUUUCAAAUCAGAAAAGUCUAAUGGGGAAAUAAGUGAGUCUCCUGGAGGUGGACGAGGAGCAUCCGGUUCAACUCGAAUUAUCACGAGAUUACGGAAUCCAGACAGCAAGCUUAGUCAGCUGAAGAGCCAACAGGUGGCAGCUGCAGCUCAUGAAGCAAAUAAGUUAUUUAAGGAGGGCAAAGAGGUACUGGUAGUUAACUCUCAAGGAGAAAUUUCACGUUUGAGCACCAAAAAGGAAGUGGUCAUGAAAGGAAAUAUCAACAAUUACUUUAAGUUGGGUCAAGAAGGGAAAUAUCGUGUCUACCACAAUCAAUACUCCACCAAUUCAUUUGCAUUGAAUAAGCACCAGCACAGAGAAGACCAUGAUAAGAGAAGACAUCUUGCACACAAAUUCUGUCUGACUCCAGCAGGAGAGUUCAAAUGGAAUGGUUCUGUCCAUGGAUCCAAAGUUCUUACAAUAUCUACUCUGAGACUGACCAUCACCCAACUGGAAAACAAUAUCCCUUCAUCUUUUCUUCAUCCCAAUUGGGCUUCACACAGGGCAAAUUGGAUCAAGGCAGUUCAGAUGUGUAGCAAACCCAGAGAAUUUGCUCUGGCUUUAGCUAUUUUGGAGUGUGCAGUUAAACCAGUUGUGAUGCUACCAAUAUGGCGGGAAUCUUUAGGACACACCAGGUUACACAGGAUGACAUCAAUUGAAAGAGAAGAAAAAGAGAAAGUCAAAAAAAAGGAGAAGAAACAAGAAGAGGAAGAAACGAUGCAACAAGCUACGUGGGUGAAAUAUACAUUUCCAGUUAAACAUCAGGUUUGGAAACAAAAAGGAGAGGAAUACAGAGUAACAGGAUAUGGUGGUUGGAGCUGGAUUAGUAAAACUCACGUCUAUAGGUUUGUUCCUAAAUUGCCAGGCAAUACUAAUGUGAAUUACAGAAAGUCAUUUGAAGGAACCAAAAAUAAUAUGGAUGAAAAUAUGGAUGAAUCAGAUAGAAGAAAAAGCUCACGAAGUCCAAAAAAAAUAAAAACAGAGCCUGAUUCUGAGAAAGACGAGGUAAAAGAUUCAGGUGCAGCAAGAGGAGCAGACCAAAGUGAAAUGGACAUUUCAAAGAUUACUGAGAAGGACCAAGAUAUAAAAGAAGACUUAGAUUCUGACAAUGAUAGAUCCUUUAAGGAAGAGCCAAUGGAAAUAGAUGAUGAUGUGAAAACAGAGUCACAUAUAAACUGUCAGGAAAGUUCUCAAGUAGAUGUGGUCAAUGUCAGUGAGGGUUUUCAUCUAAGGACUAGUUAUAAAAAGAAAAUUAAGUCAUCCAAACUAGAUGGACUUCUUGAAAGGAGAAUUAAACAGUUUACACUGGAAGAAAAACAGCGACUUGAAAAAAUGAAGUUGGAGGGUGGAAUUAAGGGUGCAGGAAAGACCUCUACAAGUUCUUUGAAAAGUUUGUCUGAGUCACCAGUAAUAACAAAAGCAAAAGAAGGGUGUCAAAGAGGCGUGCUUAGACAAGAACAAAAUUCUAAUGCAAGUAAUGAUAAAUCUGAAGACUUUAUUCAGGAAUGCUCAGAAAGUGAUUCCUCAAUUCUGGGAAUUAGUGAUACUGAUCAUACCACAAGUAAACUUUAUCCAAAAGAUCAAAUAUUAGAGGACGUCUCCAUUCAGAGCCCAGAGACAGACUGUCAGAAACAAAAUUCUGUUGGAAAUGACAUAGAUGAGAGGCUCUCUGAACCAAGCAGUAAAGGCUUGGAACCCAGUAAGAUUAAAACAAAAGGAAGUGAUUUUCUCAUUGAUGACUUUAAAUUAGCCAGUACAGAUGAAAUUGGUCCUUUGACUUCUAAAAACAAAAAACCACUCACACAGCAGAAUAACAACACCAUUGUUUCUCCUUCCCAGAGCCCUUUAUUUCCAUCAGUAUCUAAAAGUACUGACAGAGAUAUCUCAUCUCUGUCAAAAGCAAUGGACUUUGAAGGAAAAUUGGGAUGUCACUUUGAAUAUAACAGCACUUUGGAAAAUAGUUCUGAUACUAUAUCUAUUCAAGACAGUGAAGAAGAUAUGAUUGUUCAGAAUAGCAAUGACAGUGUUUCUGAGCAGUUUAUAACUCAAGAACAAGGUAUUGAAGGCAUGGAACCAUUGAAAUGUGAGUUUGUUUCAGAUAAGUCCACUGGAAAAUGUGAUGACAGGCUUCAGGGUAAGAUAAUGGAAACAAAUGGUAAAAAAACAAGUCAAGAACAAAAAUUAGAGGAGAGACCAGUUAAUAAAUGUAUUGAUCAAAUAAAUCUAAAAAGUAGCACUGACAAAAAGAAUAAUGAAAAUCGAGAGUCUGAAAAGAAAGGACAGAAAGCAAGUACCUUUCAAAUAAAUGGAAAAGAUAAUAAACCUAAAGUAUAUUUGAAAGGUGAAUGCUUGAAAGAAAUCUCUGAGAGUAAAGUAGUAAGUGGUGACGUUGAACCAAAGGUUAAUAAUAUAAAUAAAGUAAUUCCUGAAAAUGAUAUUAAAUCUUUGACUGUUAAAGAAUCUAUAAAACCAUUCAUGAAUGGUGAUGUCAUCAUGGAAGAUUUUAAUGAAAAAAACAACUUGGAAACAAAAUCAUGUUCACUGAGAUCUUCAGAUUCUGAACGUGACUACCAAGAUGGCCUAGAGACCCUGCCCUUAACCAGAGAGAGUGAGAGAGCACAAACUACCACACCACCCCCAGAAAGCAGUGCAGUGAAUCAGGUGGAAGAUAUGGAAAUUGAAACCUCAGAAGUUAAGAAAGUUUCUCCAUCACCUAUUACUUCUGGAGAGGAAUCUAAUCUCAGUAAUGAUUUUAUUGAUGAAAAUGGUCUGCCCACCAACAAAGAUGAAAAUGUCAAUGGAGACUUGAAAAGAAAAACAGUCAUCACAGAAGUCACCACCAUGACAUCCACAGUGGCCACAGAGUCAAAAACUGUAAUCAAAGUCGCAAAAGGUGAUAAGCAAACUUUGGUCUCUUCCACAGAAAAUUGUGCCAAAUCUACUGUCACAACCACGACUACAACAGUAACAAAGCUUUCCACACCUUCCCCAGGCAGCAGUGUGGACAUCAUCUCUGUGAAGGAGCAGAGCAAAACGGUGGUCACCACAACAGUGACCGACUCACUGACCACUGCAGGAGGCACUCUGGUAACAUCUAUGACUGUGAGCAAAGAAUAUUCCACAAGAGACAAAGUGAAACUCAUGAAAUUUUCAAGACCCAAGAAGACUCGUUCAGGUACAGCUCUACCAUCCUAUAGAAAGUUUCUCACCAAGAGCAGCAAGAAGAGCAUAUUUGUUUUGCCUAAUGAUGACUUAAAAAAGUUGGCCAGAAAAGGAGGAAUCCGAGAAGUCCCUUAUUUUAAUUAUAAUGCUAAACCUGCCUUGGAUAUAUGGCCGUAUCCUUCUCCUAGACCAACCUUUGGUAUCACGUGGAGGUAUAGACUCCAGACUGUAAAGUCCUUAGCUGGAGUGAGCCUCAUGUUACGCUUACUGUGGGCAAGUCUGAGAUGGGAUGACAUGGCAGCCAAGGCUCCUCCAGGAGGAGGGACCACACGCACAGAAACAUCCGAAACUGAAAUCACAACAACAGAAAUAAUUAAGAGACGAGAUGUUGGUCCUUAUGGCAUUCGGUCUGAAUACUGUAUCAGGAAAAUAAUUUGUCCCAUCGGAGUUCCGGAAGCACCAAAAGAAACACCUACACCUCAGAGGAAAGGCCUUCGAUCAAGUGCAUUACGGCCGAAGAGACCAGAAACGCCCAAGCAAACUGGCCCUGUUAUUAUUGAAACUUGGGUAGCAGAGGAAGAGCUGGAAUUAUGGGAGAUCAGGGCGUUUGCUGAGAGAGUGGAGAAAGAAAAGGCACAAGCAGUUGAGCAACAAGCUAAGAAACGGUUGGAACAGCAGAAGCCUACAGUAAUUUCAGCUUCCACAACUUCCCCAACAAACAAUACGACUAGUACCAUCUCUCCAGCACAGAAAGUUAUGGUGGCCCCUUUAAGUGGUUCAGUUACAACUGGAACUAAAAUGGUACUAACCACUAAAGUUGGAUCUCCAGCUACAGUAACAUUCCAGCAGAACAAGAACUUCCAUCAGACCUUUGCUACAUGGGUUAAGCAAGGCCAGUCAAAUUCAGGCGUUGUUCAAGUACAGCAAAAAGUCCUGGGUAUCAUUCCAUCAAGUACAGGUACAAGUCAGCAAACCUUUACUUCAUUCCAGCCCAGGACAGCAACAGUCACAAUUAGGCCCAAUACCACAGCCUCUGGAGGAACCACAAGCACUUCACAAGUAAUCACAGGGCCUCAGAUCCGCCCUGGUAUGACGGUGAUUAGAACACCACUCCAACAGUCAACACUAGGAAAGACAAUUAUUCGAACACCUGUGGUGGUACAGCCAGGUACUCCUCAACAAGUGGUGACUCAGAUCAUCAGAGGGCAGCCUGUUUCCACUGCAAUCUCUGCCCCUAAUGCAGUUUCCUCAACACCUGGGCAGAAAGGGUUAACUUCAGGAACAUCCAGUGCAAAUCUGCAGUCUUCAACUUCACCAUCCCCUCGCCCUCAACAAGGACAGGUGAAGCUUACCAUGGCUCAGCUCACUCAGUUAACACAGGGCCACGGUGGCAAUCAAGGUUUGACAGUAGUAAUUCAAGGACAAGGUCAAACUACUGGGCAGUUGCAGUUGAUACCUCAAGGGGUGACUAUACUUCCAGGUCCAGGACAGCAGUUGAUGCAAGCUGCAAUGCCAAAUGGUACUGUUCAGCGGUUCCUCUUUACCCCAUUGGCAACAACAGCCACAGCAGCCAGCACCACCACCACCACCACUGUUUCCACCACAGCAGCAGGUACAGGUGAACAAAGACAGAGUAAAUUGUCACCCUCAACACAGGUGCAACAAGCCAAAUCCCUGCCACCAGCUCAGUCAUCCAGUGUGAGUCCUCCAGAGUCCCAGCCACAGACUGCUCAGCCUUCAGCUCAGCCUCAGCCCCAAACUCAGCCCCAGUCCCCAGCUCAGCCUGAAGUUCAGACUCAGCCUGAAGUUCAGACCCAAACAACUGUUGCAUCCCAUGUCCCUUUGGAAGCACAACCCACCCAAGCUCAGUCAUCCAAACCCCAAGUUGCAGUACAGUGUCAGCCUCAAAGUAUUGUCCAAGGACAGCCGCCUGCUCGCGUCCAAAGUCCACCACAGACUCGAAUACGUCCAUCAACUCCAUCCCAGGUGUCUCCUGGACAGCAAUCCCAGGUUCAGACUACAACUUCACAACCGAUUCCAAUUCAGCCACAUACAUCUCUUCAGAUACCUUCCCAGGGCCAGCCACAAUCACAACCCCAGGUACAGUCUUCACCUCAAACUCUUUCAUCGGGACAAACGUUAAGUCAAGUUACUGUUUCAUCCCCAUCCUGUCCUCAGCUACAAAUACAGCAGCCACAGCCCCAAGUCAUUGCUGUGCCUCAGCUGCAACAACAAGUCCAGGUUCUCUCUCAGAUCCAGUCGCAGGUUGUGGCUCAGAUACAGGCUCAGCAAGGUGUUGUGCCCCAGCAAAUCAAACUCCAGUUACCUAUUCAAAUUCAGCAAAGCAGCCCUGUGCAGACUCACCAGAUUCAGAAUGUGGUUACAGUGCAGGCAGCCAGUGUGCAAGAGCAGUUGCAAAGGGUUCAGCAACUCAGGGAUCAGCAGCAAAAGAAGAAACAGCAACAGAUAGAGAUUAAGCGGGAACACACCCUCCAAGCAUCUAAUCAAAGUGAAAUCAUUCAGAAACAGGUGGUGAUGAAGCAUAAUGCUGUAAUAGAACAUUUAAAACAGAAAAAGACCAUGACUCCAGCUGAAAGAGAGGAGAAUCAAAGAAUGAUUGUCUGUAACCAGGUGAUGAAGUAUAUUUUGGAUAAGAUAGAUAAGAAGAAACGGAAGCGUGAAGAGAGUGUGGAACAGAAACGUAGCAAGCAGAAUGCUACCAAGCUCUCUGCACUGCUCUUCAAACACAAAGAGCAGCUCAAAGCAGAAAUACUGAAAAAGAGAGCUCUUUUGGACAAAGACCUACAAAUUGAAGUGCAGGAAGAGCUCAAGAGAGACCUGAAAAUUAAGAAAGAAAAAGAAAUGGUGCAGGCCACUGCAGCAGCCACCACUCCCCCUGCAGCACCUCCUGCGCCGCCAGCCCCUCCGCCUUCGCCUCCACCUCCACCUCCACCUCCCCCGCAGCACUCGGGGCCCCAGGCCACAGCCACGGCCACGGCCUCGCUGUCUGCAGCUUCUCAGAAGAGGAAGCGAGAAGAGGAAAGAGACUCAAGCUCAAAGUCCAAGAAGAAGAAAAUGAUUUCUACUACCUCAAAGGAAACUAAGAAGGACACAAAGCUUUAUUGUAUCUGUAAAACGCCUUACGAUGAAUCUAAAUUUUAUAUUGGCUGUGAUCGGUGUCAGAAUUGGUACCAUGGGCGCUGUGUUGGCAUCUUGCAGAGUGAGGCAGAGCUCAUUGACGAGUAUGUCUGUCCACAGUGCCAGUCGACAGAGGAUGCCAUGACAGUGCUCACGCCACUAACAGAGAAGGAUUAUGAGGGUUUGAAGAGGGUGCUGCGUUCUUUACAGGCCCAUAAGAUGGCCUGGCCCUUCCUGGAACCAGUGGAUCCUAAUGAUGCACCAGAUUAUUAUGGUGUCAUUAAGGAGCCUAUGGACCUUGCCACCAUGGAAGAAAGAAUACAAAGACGAUAUUAUGAAAAGCUGACAGAAUUUGUGGCAGAUAUGACCAAAAUUUUUGAUAACUGUCGUUACUACAAUCCAAGUGACUCCCCUUUUUACCAGUGUGCAGAAGUUCUUGAAUCAUUCUUUGUACAGAAAUUGAAAGGAUUCAAGGCUAGCAGGUCUCAUAACAACAAGCUGCAGUCUACAGCUUCUUAAAGUUCAGCGUGUUAACCUAAACAUAAAACAGCAAGAAUCUGGUUGUCUGAACUAUUUUAAAUUAAGGAGCCAGAUGUUUUUAGUCAGGUUAUCCUGACAAGACUUGACCUAAACUUCGUUUUUAUUGGUCAUAACAGUCCAAUUUUAUUCUUGACCAAUUUUGUCCAACGGACAAGGGAAAAGCGAAGUCAACGACACCAUUAUCUUGUCAAGAUCAAAUGGUUUUACUAUUGUGGCAGAAGCGGGAAAACUUUGUUUAUUGAAAAAAAAAAGAAAAAGGAAAGCAAGAAAAAAAGAUAAUAUGGGGUCAAGUGUAACUCCAUGGAAAUGCCACGUCUGCUCUUCAGUGAAGAAGCUGGUUUAGAGUCUCACAGAAAACUUUUGACUGUAUUUAUUUAUUGUUGCAAAAAAAAAGACGCUUUUUUAUUGCUGCCCUCAUUUGUCAGCUAAUUAUUUUUUCUUAUAAAAUCCAGCCCUGGUUACAUGUAAUCCAUUCUGUAUCUUAUCAUGAUUCCUAUAGGUAAAAGUACAAGACGACCUCUAGAUGUCUUUUCUUUCUAUGAAAGGAGCUGCUAUGUACACAUGUGCACACACACACAACUGGGAAUCAACAAUGAGUUUAUUGUUCAUGGUAGAUAAAAAUUAAGCUUGCAUAAAGGUUGAGCUAAGUGGUCCUGGACUACAGACUCUGUUGCCUUGAAUAUAACAGUACAAUUUGUCAUUUACUCUACACCAGGCUAAAAUGAGUAAACUCUAUUUGAAGGUAUCUUGUUUGUAAACAUUUGUCAGAUUCUAAUUUUUUUCUUUUUGUAUUAAAAUUCAACUAUGGAUGUAUAUGAAACAAAAUAAAUGGAGAUCAUUUUUCUCCCACAGAUGGUGUCUUUGAAUGUGCGCUAAUGAUUAUCUGUAAGCCUUUAAGGGGAAAGGGUGGGCUGCAAGGUAAAUAAAAGGCAGAACCAUCCAAUCGUACCUGGGUUUGUCCAGGAUAGUAAUAGCCCUUCCUUUUAUAGUUCCCAGCCCAUUGUCAUCACAUCAGAGAAAAAUCUUCAGGGGUGUGCUAGUCCUGUUGCAUCAGUUGAUUGUACUAAUAAAAAAGGUAAUGUGACAAACACACAUUGCCUUCAUCUGCAAAUUAUCAGUCACAGACAGCUACUUAGUUGAUGAAGGGCAUUUUUUUAGAUGGCAUCCUCUGUUUUUGUUUUUGUUUUUUUUUUUUUUGGUUGGUUGGUUGAGUUGUUUGGAUUUUUUCUUUCUUUCCACAUAAGAAAAAGUAGGGUAAGCAGUAGGGUGGGGAAUGGAAGCCGUGGAGGAGGCACAUUUGCAUGUUUCUCCUUCCUGUGUUCUAACUGUACAGCUGUACCACGGCAUUGGAAUAACAGCUUCUAGACGACCUGCCAUGGUUGGCUUAUGCAGCUUUGCAAACAUUUUACUAGAUUUUGCACUAACUCAUAUUAGCUUUGUCCCACCACAUUCUGGAAUUAAUGUUUUUAAAAAGUUUCCUGUUUAAUAUCACCCUGCUAUGCAAAAUCUUUCCCAGACCUUUGUUUCUUGAAAGAAAGAGGUUGCUACAGUUCCCAGUUCUUUCUUAUUCCAGGCUCAGGUGUACAGGUUAUUCUGGGUUAAUUUUGUCUAAUGAAGCCCAUUGCUUUUUGUACAUAAAAAUGUCACUUAAACCUAUGCUUACAAACUAAAGAGACUAAUGCUCAAUAUGAAACAUGGAAAUCGUUUUUGUUAAAAUAUUAACAUGGAAGUAAUCAAAUAUAGGUUAUUUUGUCCUCUUACUUUUGAAAAAUGUUACAUAUUGUAUGCACUAUGCUGAUGCAAGAAUCCUACAUUUUAAUGAAUUAAAAAAUUAUUCUGCAUCUCAUCACAUCACAGUAUUUCUGUACUAUUUAUUCAUAUAGAGAGAGAUAUAGAUAUAUAUGGGCUUAACCAUUUAAAACUUGUUGCGGCAAGAACUUUCCUACCUGUAGGCAAUAGAUUGCUAUGUUUUUAACAGAUUGUGGUAAAUUCUAAACAGCAAUUCUUUUUGUACGUAAUAGGACAUUUCAUCCUAGAAAAAUAAAGUAAUGUUUUUGACAUUGGA